GCGCUGCUCUCUCAGGUCGAACCUUUCGGGGCCGUGUGGCGGGAGAGGCAGCGAGACGGUGUGCGGUGCGCGGCUCGAUUUAGGGUCACUUCAGUCCUCCUUCUCCAUUCUUUACGAAGCGAGCUAUAAAGUGAAAGUUUCUCGUCUGUCGUCCGCGCGCCGACUUUCAUCGCAGUAACUGCAGCGGCCAGCUCGAGACACACGCAAAGCAGGCUGCCGAAAGGGAUGUAGCCAUGCCAAGUUGCCUACGAAUGGCAUAUAAUGGGCAAUAGUGCAGCACUUCCGCCGGGGUCAGGGUUCGCCGUGCUGCUCACCAUCUGCCUGAGCCUCCUUUGGACACCUGGACUUACAAUAAGUGCCAGUCAACCCACAGCGCUAGUCGAAAACUCAAACUCGACCGUCGCCACGACACCAGCAGAUGCUGGCGCUGCGAAAUUUGACGAGAGCUCGCGGGCAGCAAAUCACACAAACGCGCACUCACUCAUCAAGCCGUCAAGUGCAAGCACAGUUAACUCGACCGACGACGAGCCUCCAGCCACCGCUCGGCGACGCUUCAUCCUGCGAGCCGGAGCUGCUUCAACGACUGCUUCGUACACGCACUUGAACAAUCGGUCAAGAAAGAGGCACAGCAGCUACAGCACGCAAGAUGCUGCGGCUGCCACGCCGGUGCUCGAGUAUGGCCAAAAGCUGCUCUCGACCGGCCGCAAUUCGUUAAACGAGCUCAAGUCGACGCUGCCCUCCUUGUCGACCGAGUCGUCGUCGUCGACCACCCCUCGGCCAAACGGCAAUAAAAGCAAUGAGAGCAGCGCCACCCUGCCGCCGCUGGCGUCCAGCACGGCGAGCAAACACCCCUUUUCGGCCAAAAUCACGCCGCAAACGACGCCUCCGAGCAGGGCCCAGUCGAGCGAGUCGUACAACGACAUCGUGUCCCUUCGGCGGAGGAGGAAAAAGAUUUUGCGCAGGAUGCCAAGCGUCUCGUCCGCGGAAGUGAUCGCCGGCACCAAUUCGAGCGACUCGGCGGCGAUGAACGCUGCUCUGGUUCGGCGGAAAACGCUGCUGCAGCCGCAGCGAAACGGCACUCUGCAGAAUAGCGUGGUCCGGCGGCCCCUGUUGCGCCCGCCGUCGCCGCCGCCGCCGCUGGAGCCGAAAAUUAAUACCACGAAUGACGAGGAGGACGUCAUCCGGAAAAUGCUCACGACGUUCCUACCGUCCAACAAUAAUUACACCACCAGCACCAGAGUAAUGACGCUCGAGAGCAUUUCCAACGGCACCAUAAUUCAAAAUAACAAUGCCACCGUCGCCGCGACGGAAUUUCCUCUCGUCGAAACGCUCGCCCCGAAUCGAAAUAAAUCCAUCCCAGCAAUCCCGGCUGCCACGGAGAGCACGAAAAUUGUGAAAAACCAAACGAGCAGCCCAGUGAAUGUGAUUUUGACGACGACCAGGACGAGCACCCCUCCUCCGCAGACCUCAACCACAACACCAAAGACAACAACCACAACUAGAAGACCUCCAACAACUACAACAACAACGAGGAGCACCACCACUCCAGCAGCGACGACAACGACUACAAAAGCGACGACGACAACAACGACCAGGCGGCCGCCGAAAACCGACCUGCCGACAAUUCGGCCUUUGGUUAAUGCAACGACGAUAAGGCCGCCGAUUCUCGGAUCCACGUUCAACACUGUGGACCAGGGAAAUCAAACGGAAUCGAGUGCCAGCCUAGUCACCUACGUCCUCUUCUCCCUUGGCGUUGUCACGCUGAUUGGCGCCGUCAGCUACGCCGCCAGACAUCUGGCCAAAAGGAGGAGAAGAAUGCUGGACGAAUCAGAUUCAUCGUGCUCGGAGGAUAGCAGCAUGGCAGGAAUGACGCUGAGCCGGCCAUCGCCGAAGGGUGGCGAGGGUGGAAUUUUGUCAAGAAUUCAGCAAGUUUGGCCAACGGAGAAAGGGCCGCUGGCUGCUGCCCCGGCACAGCAUCCCGAGUGGCAUUUUCCGCGCCAUAAACUCCGUCUGCAGACCGUGCUGGGCCAGGGAAACUUCGGACAAGUCUGGAAAGCCGAGGCCGAGGACAUUUGCGGCAUCACCGGCACCAGGCUCGUGGCCGUGAAGAGCACAAAGGCGGGCGCCGGCGAGAGGGAAAAGUCGGACCUGCUGCGAGAGUUGGCCAUCAUGCAGCAGCUGGGGGCGCACCCCAACGUCGUCACCCUGCUGGGCUGCUGUACAGAGCAGGAACCGCACCUGCUCAUCAUGGAGUACGUCAUGUACGGCAAGUUGCUGUCGUUCCUGCGCGACCAUCGCACUCGCAGAGAUUUUCUGCAAUUUUCCUCGAGCGACGACGGCGGCGAGCAGGCGCUCACAUCUUGGGACCUUACUCACUUUGCCUAUUGCAUCGCUAAGGGAAUGGAAUACCUCGUUUCGAGAGGAAUAAUACAUCGUGACCUGGCAGCCAGGAACAUUUUGGUCGAUCACAACAAGCAGUGCAAAAUCGCAGAUUUCGGAAUGUCGAGACACGCGCGAGACGCCUCCGGAGAGGUUUACGAACCAAAGCAAAAAGGGGCUCUGCCCAUCAGAUGGAUGGCUCCAGAAUCUCUUGAAAAGAGCAUUUUCACGCACAGGAGUGAUGUUUGGAGUUUUGGAAUCACCAUGUGGGAAAUUGUUACGCUAGGUUCGACGCCUUACUCGACGAUGGGUGCUCGUGAGGUGAUGCGGAAGGUGCGCGAAGGGUACCGGCUGGAGCGGCCGCUGCACUGCCGGCCGGAGCUGUUCCGCGUUGUGGCCAGUUGCUGGGUUUCGGAUCCGUACCUGCGGCCCGACUUCAGCCAGCUGCGGGUCGAGCUGAGACGCCUGCAGGACGAGGACACGGACAGUCCCGGCGGCGGCCACGUAGACAUCGAUGCCGCCAAUCCGCAGCAGCCGCCGCCGUCGUCCGCCUCCACCCUGAUGGCCAACCACGUGCUCUCUGACCCCGGCGGAAUGUGAACAAAGAAGGAAAAAAGCAUGUUUUAUUUUCGUAUCGGAGGAAAUUAGCCAAACGAUUAUUUUUUAAACGAAAAAGCUUACACACAGUAUAUUAAUAAAAAUAUGUGACUUUUUAAAUCAAUCCAACUACGAAAUAAGUUGUAAAAUAAACACUAUCUAGUCGAUUCUUGUUUGUUUUUUGAAUGGCAGAUUGAAAAACGAAAUUAUUGUUGAUGGAAACUUAAUACAACUGAAGAUUAUUUAAGAUGUAGCUGACAAAUUCUGUUGACGCAAUUCUGAAAAUUUUGGCACUGUUAUGGUUUAGGAAAUAAAUUAUUGUUUUUGCAAAA